AGUGGCGGCAAGGUCGGGCGGUGAGAGAAGCGUCAAAAUGGCCGCCAUGUAAACAAGCUGUAGUGGCCCCCGUUUUCAGUUGCAGCUUAUUGGCAAGGGCAGUGUCCAUCAGCAGGAAGACGUGCCAGAAUAUGAAAAUCAAAACUCACCUUGCCGCUUCUCUUCCCUGGGAAGACCUACAUUUGACUGAAGCGUGUUCUAGAAGCGUGUUUUGCUUUAUUUCCAACCAUCUGUAGUUGUGCUAGAUGAGUAUGAACAAGGCUCUUUGAUCCAAUAUGUGGAGUGGUCUAUUACCUCCUGGUGUGAAUGAAAGUGAUGUUGACACGAGUUCUGAUGAUGAAGGAACUUUGGAUGGUCCUGGGUCUGUCUUAAAGGAGGAAAGAGAACAAAAAGAUUUCAAAAACAUUCAGGCUUCUGACUCAGAAAUACAGGAACCUGAAAAUAUCACUGAAAGCAAACCUUGUGCAGCAGAUGAAGUGCGGGAAUCCAAAAUGUGUCCUUCUGGAGUUUCUUUAGAUAUGUGGAAUAAAUUUCAGGGUCUGCAAAAGAAAAACUUUGAAAUAAAAGUCCAAGUGAAAAAUCAGAGAGACAGGGGACAAAAGAGAAAGCGUUACAGAAAAGCUAAUUUGAAAAAGAACAAUCAAGGAACUGAAAGCCAACAAUCCAUAAACGAAAGUCAAUUGAAAGAGCUGACUCAAUAUUUUGGAAUUAAUGAUAGGUUUAAACCACUUGCAAGCAAGGAAGCCCCUCCAAAGUCUGGCCUUGAAAUCAGCAUAGACAGAUCGUUGGCAGAAGGAGAUAUUUCACAAGCUGAGGAGCUAAGUGAUAGAUUAGCUACUAGAGAACUUGGUGUGAAAAUUGCCAAAGCUGCUGCUUGCCGAAAUUUUGUGAAAGCAAAGCAAGAUGCAGAGGCUUCUCAAGAAGCCCGAAAGAAAAAGAAGCUUGCAUGGGGGUUUGAAGCCAAGAAAAGAUGGGAAACAAAGAGCAACAUGGGAUAUAUGUAGUUGGUUGUGUCUUGGAAGGGAGAACACAUUUUAAAGCUAAGGGAAAAGAUUUGUUCAUACUGAAGAUACAUAAAUUAUAUUUUCAUUUGGUGGUUGUUUUUUAUUUGCUUUAUUUGUGCAGCUGGAGAAAUCAUUGUGGAGUAAUUUAGGUUUCCAUUCCAUACUUUGUUAAGUAUCUCUAAGUAUAUCUCUGAUAUCCUACCUUCAGCUCCCAGCAUGUUUCCAGUUUAUUCCCUUUCACAGAUCCUCAAGAUUUAAAGUCUUUUGUUUGUUUUAGUACAAUUAAAAUACAAACUUGGAAAAAAAA